UAGGAAUUUCAUAUUAAGGAUAAUGACAGUUGAAAAGAAUUAAAAAAAAAUUAAAUGAUUCCACCAACUGUUUUAAUGAUCAGGUAUCCCUUUUUUGGCCUAGUGAAUGCUCAGUUUUAAAAUCCUGAGAAAGAGAUGCUAUGAUGGUUACUUUUAUGUGUCAGUAUGACUGAGCUAAGGGAUACCCAGAUAGCUGGUAAAACAUUAUUCUGGGUGUAUCUGUGAGCGUGUUUCUGGAACAGAUUAGCAUCUGAAUCAGUAGGCUGAGUAAAGAUGGCCCUUGCCAAAGUACGUGGGCAUCAUUCAAUUGGUUGAGAGUCCAAAUAGAACAAAAUGGCAGAGGAAGGGCAAAUUUGCUCUCUCCUUGAGCUGGAAUGUCCAUCUUCUCCUGCCUGCAGACACUGGAGCUCCAGGUUCUCGGGCCUUCAGACUCUGGGACUUACACCAGUGUCCUCCCAGUUCUCAGGUCUUCAGACUGCGAGUUACACCAUCAUCUUCCCUUAUUUUCAGGCCUUCGUACUCGCACUGUAUUAUACCACCAGCUUUCAUGGUUCUCCAGUUUGCAGAUGGCAGAUCCUGGGACUUCUCAGCCUCUAUAACCAUGUAACGGAGGAAGCAGCAAUGUUUCACUUCUUCAGAAAGCCUCCGGAAUCUAAAAAGCCCUUGGUACCAGAGAGAGAAGCAGAUGGAUUUGUCCUUUUAGGAGAUACACCUCAUGAGCAAAGAGUGGCAGCAAGAGGCAAAACUUCAGACAUCGAAGGCAAUGAGACUUUGGAGAUUGGCAAAGAAAACUCAUCCAGUGUGACUGUAGCAGGCCCCGAGAUGGAAAAUAAGGCAGGCCAGACUCUGGAAAACAGCUCAUUAAUGGCCGAGCUUCUGAGCGACGUACCCUUCACCUUGGCCCCGCAUGUGCUGGCCGUGCAGGGCACCAUCAGUGACCUUCCCGACCACUUACUCUCCUAUGAUGUCAGCGAAAACUUAUCAAGGUUUUGGUAUGAUUUCACUCUUGAAAACUCAGUGCUCUAUGGUUCGUAAUCUUUAUGUCUGUUUGCACCUUAACAGCUUUAAGACAAAAGUUUGCCUGUUUUAUUUAACCUGUGUGAUGUUUUUUGACAUUUCCCUGUUUAAAGGCCCUUAAAGGCCCUCAGAAAAGCAAGGAUCGUAAAGCAAAUAAUAUUACAUUCAUUGCUCUAUUUUUUUAGAAUAAAGCAUAUUUGUAUAAAAAGUAAACUUAAGAUCUACUACUUCCUUUUCCCCUAAUAAUAAAUACAAAUAUUAAUUUAUCAAGGUUUUAUGAAAGGAGUAGAUUCCGUCAACCGGUCUCUCAAAAUACAACACCUCAUAUUUAUCUUAGAAAAACUGUGAAAAAGAACUGAGGCAUUUCUCUUAGUUACCACAAGAAACUGGUCUCCACUUAGAGGGAGUGUGAUUUCUCUUCUCUGGUUUGGAAGAAACUUACUUAAUGUUAUCCCCUUUCUCCUUCCACUGUGUUUAUUAAUGAAUCCAGAAAAAAAGAAAAAAAGUUGGUAGUUAGCUUAAUUUCUUCAGUCUCGAUUUAGACAUUGAUGUGGACAUUUACAACUUUUCCUAGAAAGCAAUGGUAGUUUGCUGAUGUAAGAAUGCUGUAAGAAGAAUGCUCUGGAUACUGUUUCUUUUGAAUGACAGAUUUUGGUUUCCUUAAUCCCGUGGCAGUCUGUUCCACCUUGAUGGAGUCCUGAGUUCCUGCCUUUGGUUUUUGCUACUUCACGGUUUGCUCUCUCCCCAGCUUUCCAAAGAACGUUCCCUGCUUCUGCCUCAGUUGGCAUUUGUUCUCCUUACCACCUCUGUUCCUGGUUUAUGAAGAGAUCCAUAUUUCCUUUCAACCUCUCUGCCUCCCAGAGAAAAGCAUCUCAUAAUGAUAUGUAUUAUUGCUGAUAAAGCCCUUAUUUAGAAAUUCGUUGGCCAAAAUACAGAUGGAAAUGUUUUACUGCUACAAAAACUGCAACUGACUCAUUUCCAGUUAGAGUGUAGGCAAAACACCUAAACAGGACUUUUAGUUCGUGAAUAUCUGUUACUUAUUCCAAAAAACUGCCAUUGGUCCAUAAACUGUAAAGGGAAGAGGUAAAUUGUGAUAGAGCAUUUUCUAUGCCAUGGAAAAUUUAAAUCACAUUUGUUCUGAUUAGUGGCAAUACAGUUUAUUGAUUCUGUGCCAAAUCUUAACUAUAUGUUUCACAAAGGUAGAGUGCCAUAGCAAAACUAAGUACUGUGCAUAAAGGUACGUGAAUUAUUCAAGUUUUAAUGUAUCAUGCAUGUUGGUUUAAUAUACGUGGCAUGGUCUUGAUAAAAUGUUAUAUUAUUUAUAAUGUAAAUGUACAUUUCUAUUGCCAGAAAUAUGCUUCACUUACAAAUAAUGCUACCAUAUGAGGUGAAUGAUUAAAUUAGAGCUUCACGUAGUUUUCAUAAAACAUCAGUCUAAGAAAUCUAACUUAUUACUAAGACAAAUGUGACCAUUUUAUAGCAGUUUUUGUGAAAACAUAUCUUUUUUUCAAUAUCCGUGUUAAUGUACAGCCAAUGUUAAAGCCAAAUGUAAGCAUGUUAUCAAUUUGUCUAUGUGUUAAAUUUUGUCUACUUAUACAUUUCAUUUAUAUGUAUGUCUACCAUGUUAUAAAUAUGCUUAUAAGUAUUUUCAUUUGUCUAUAA